AUGCAGCAGUUAAGCUUAACCACCACCACCUUAGUAGGGCUAUUGUUCUUUUCAGUUGCCCUAGGGCACUCCCUCGCACUUGCUCGUCGAGGUGUUUUUAUGUUUGCUGAUAGUGAGAAGGUCCAUCAGAAUAAUCAGGAAAUUCAUGAUAAGACGAGCAUGAUCGAGGAUAGUAGAAGCAAACAGAUGAACGAGAGAAUUGGCAUCGGUAAUAUCAUCGUGGAAGCGAAGAAAACAUUAAAGGAGGUGGAAACUGAAGCAAACUCAGGAAAGAGCAAGAGCUACCCAAGUGAUUCAAAUGGGUCACCUAAUUUAAAGGAUUCUAGUAGCACAACAGUGAAGUCAAGGCCAUUAUCCAAUUUCAGAACAAAAAUUAAAGGGAUUGAUCUUGAAACAGUAGAUGCUUCAGACACUCCACAAAAGGGGUUCCGAUUAUCCGCGGCCUCAACAAGAUCACAAAAAUCGACACUGUCGAAUUCCCACAAAUUUCAUGAUCAGACCAACAGAAAUAUUCGAAAGCAAAAGCUUAUAGAGGCGUCGGACGAAAUUUUCAGAUUGCUCAACAAGGACUACCACGACAAGCCCCGCCGCCGUCCUCCCGUCAACAACUAAUGAGCCUUAGAGGAAAUAAUUAGUACCAUCAAACCCUAGUUUAUGUCCCAAACAAAUUUUGCCCACAUAUUAUGCCUCUCUCUCUCUAUAUAUAUAACAUAACUUAGUGAUGUACUAUAAUAGUAACUAAAUAGCUAGGGUGUAGUUUGAAUGGUAUUUACCUAUUAACCUUAUAUAGUUUGGAAGCAUAAAUCUAUAAUGCGAGAAAUUUAGUACUAUU